AAUGUCACUGUGACCUGUGAGAAAGGGAAAUACCCUCCAGAUCCAAAAACCCAAGUUGGGACAUUUAUAAUCAACCUUGACCUGCCUCCAGAACAGAGAUGGACCAAUCUUGCCAAAGUCAUGGCUCCAAAGAUCCAGCUGCUUCUGGACAGCUUCAAACAGUACGUCAGGGACUGGACCAAGGCUGCAGAUUUCAUCAUUCAUUUUGUGGAUACCAAGGGUGGAUCCUUGGAUGGAACUCUUCCUUACCCAUUUGCUGGUGAAAUCAAAGGCUUUGCUCAAGACAGUGGCAUUAAUCUUGGUGAGAUGUUGCUGUACAAUAUCUUCUAUGAGCUGUUCACCUUGUGCACAUCCAUUGUUGCUGAAGACCCUAGUGGAGCACUUUAUCAUGGCAGAAACCUCGACUUUGGACUUUUUCUAGGCUGGGACAUCAAGAAUGCAACCUGGGCAAUCACAGAGAUACUGCGCCCACUUAUCGUCAAUUUGGACUGGCAGAGGGGAGGACAGACAGUCUUCAAAUCUGUUAACUUUGCUGGCUACAUUGGUGUAUUGACCGCUAUUAAGCCUAAACUGUUUACUCUGACAGUGAAUGAGCGGUUUAACAUUGAUGGUGGUUUUAUUGGUGUCAUCAAAUGGUUGCUUGGUGACCAUAAUGAAACAUGGAUGAGUUUUCUGACACGGAGUGUGAUGGAGAAUGCCACCAGUUUCCAAGAUGCAAAAACCAGACUAGAAAAGACGGUCAUGCUUGCUCCUGCAUAUUUUAUACUGGGUGGCAAUAGUUCUGGCCAGGGUGCUGUAAUAACCAGGUCACGUGAAGCUGCCAUUGAUGUGUGGGAAAUGAGAAAUGCUUCAGGCUGGUACAUCCUGGAAACAAACUAUGAUCACUGGAAAGCUCCCCUGAUUGUUGACGAUCGUAGAGGACCUGCCCAUAAAUGUAUGGGUCAGAUGGGACAGCAGAAUGUUGGUUUUGCUGGGAUAUUUAAUGUCUUGUCGUCUCAGCCAGUCCUCAAUAAGUUAACAACAUACACGGCGCUGAUGCAUGUAGCUUCAGGAAAUCUGAUCACGUACAUCCAGACAUGCAAGGAUCCGUGUGCUCCAUGGUAG